UAUGUUGUUUUUUAAAUUUGGUGCAGCUUUACUGACUUUAAGUUCUAGUUUUUCUAGUUUAUAUGUGGCUUUUCCACUCUGCUGACCACGAGAAGCAGUUGAAUGCUGUGGAAAUGACUAAGUGGACCCUGACUACUUCCUGCCGCUCCCUGUGGUUAUCACCUCUCCCAGUGUCCAUUAAGCCUCCAUGUGAGCUGUGUGUAGUGAACGUGCCCUGAUAACACCACAGGAUUAGAAGGGAAGUUUUUUUUAGAUCAUUGAUCCUGAAAGUAAAGAGCAUGUGAGACGCAGGAAAACCCUUCAUUCCCCUCCUCUGAGGUCAUUUUCACCCACACCCUCCUCGGACGUUUGUCAGUAUGUCGGUGGUUUCAGUGUAGAUGAGCACAGUCGGAUCCCGGCAGCCGCAGCACUCGAGCUGUCCGCUGACCCCUGCAUGGCCAAGGAUGCAUCAGAGUAUCUCACCUCCCUCGGUAAAUCUGCUUCCUCCCUCGCGCCCUCUGCGUUUUUCUUCCAGUACUUCAGCUGCAGAACUGAAUUCCUGUCCUACCUGAUACUGUGUGUUGUCAAAAUGCCGUUCGUACCACCCGUGUCGAUUGCUCGCUCUGUGUCAGGACUGACGGGGAAGGAGACAUCCAUCAACCGCUCCUCAUCUUCGACCUCUGUGGCCAAGACGAGGGAGUCAAAAGAAGACAAAGGAGGAUCAGUGAAGGAGCGGCUGACUCUGAACCUCAAACAGUUGGGGAAAAAGAGCCAACCCAGGAGUCACCUCCCAACAGCAACUAAAGGAGCGUCAGGAGCAGAGCUGCACUCAAAGAGAAGAGACAGACUGGUGCCCUCAUCACAGACAGACAGCUUACCUGCCUCCAGCUCAGGUGAGUCACUGUCGAAGACCCAGAGGCAGAAACCUGUGAGCCAGAGCUCUGUGAAGAGUGAACCAGAGGUGAAGAUGAGGCCCCGGCACGAGGAGGAGGAGGCCCGCUUCACCCUGACGCUCACACCUGAGGCUGUUCUCCUGCUGCAGAGGAGGAGCACCGAGAGGCCUCAGCGCUCAGCAGUGAGAAACGCUGAGAGCGUGGCUGGCAAUUCUGGAAGUGCCACAGAUUCCAGACGCCGGAGGGAAAACGUCUCUAAAAGGCAUCAGACGUCUACGCAGAGACACAGCGCUCCAAUCAGCAGAGCACCUGUGAAAAACAACAGCGUGGCCGAGCUGGGAGACAUCAGAUCGAUUUUGAAAAUCUCCCUUCUGAACGAGCAGCACAAGUACGAUGACGUGGAGUACGAGGACGAGGGGGACAUGGGCGUGGAUGAGCGAGUGGUGCUGAAAUGUACUGAGUGGCUCCGUGGGCUGGAAAACACACCGGUGACUGUGGGGAACGGCCUGAGUAAGAGUGUGAGCGGUGUGAAAAGUUUCUAAAGGAGAAGAGAUGAGACUCCAGCUUCUAUCUCUGUUUUUGUCAGAUGUUCACAUGCACGUCGUUGUUCAUCAGUUGACGACUUUUAAUGCACCAGCACAGAAAAAUGACCAGGUUGCUAACAUGGUGCAGACUCAGACACUCGACUGCUCUGUUUAAUGUCUCUUCAGAUGAAAAACCUCAAAAUGUGAUGCAAAAUGAUGCACAGGAUAUUUAGAAUACUUCUAUUUGAUGAACUGAUGCAGCUGUAAGCAGUUGAGUGAAUGAACCUCACUCAAAGCUGAACAGUAUAUAGAUUUAUUACUUCUGCCAAUGAAUUUGUCUUCACUUGUUUCUUUGUUAGUUUGCAGGAUUAAGCAAAUCAGUUUCCACAGAACUUGUUGGAAGGAUGCGACGUGAGUUUUUGAUUGAUCCUGUAAACAGUUAAAAUAACAGAUGAGUGAAAACACAACGUCCUAAGUGGAGAUUAGAAAGUUUUGUGUUUGAAUUCGUCACCCAGUGUUAACACAUGCAGCUUCAAUGAAGAGGUGGGAGACGAUACAUAUAAUAUAUGAUAACGACAGACAGCGUGGGAUAAGAACCUUAAAUCUAAUGUAAAUCAAGGAGGAAGCUGAGAAGCUGAUUUUUAAUACUUUUCUGUUCCGCAUGUACAGGUUUAACUCAAGCUUGUAAAAACAGAAUAUUUAAUAUUCUUUAC